AUGCGAACAACUCAUUGCAAAAACAAAGUUUUGAAAUUCUCUGCUGCCUUCGUAAAUGCGACCAAAAAGAUCGCAAAUGCGAACACUGGUCCUUUGCAAAAGCGACCAGCUUCGCAAAAGCGGCAAGUUCUUCGCAAAUGCGAGUCCCUUUCGAGCAUCCCAGCUUCGCAAAUGGUUACUAAAUCGCAUAUUCUAGCUGUAAAUGCUCCAAUUCGAGUUGAUGUCCCAGUUGGACAGUAUGGUAAUACAAAUAAGUCUAGGCCACGCCUUAAACGUGGUAGACCAAUCGGUUCCAAGGAUAAAAAUUCCCGAAAAAGAAAAGGAUCAAAUGAUCAAGUUGAUCAUAACGUGGAGGCAAUUGCUCAAGAAGAGCAUAAAGACAUAAUAAUUGUUGAAGUAAUGCAACAAGAUGAGGAUCUUGAGCCAAAAUCUGUCGAAUGUAGACAGCGAAAUGAUUGGCCAAAAUAG